AUGGCUACCGUCAAACUUGCUACCCUUGUUAUUCGAACACUUGCGAAGCCCAUCUCCGCACAAAUAAAGAACCAGGCAAAGCAGCACGAAACCUUCCGUUCGAUAUGUAUUUCCCUUGCUCAGAGGAUGCAUGUGGGCGAAAUUAAGCUGAGGACGAAUAUCCUCGGUGAACCGGCCAGGCAACAUGUCAAACCAUUAUCAGAAACGAGAGCAAUCGAAAAUGGUGCCAAUGCAUUAGCAGAAGGUUUCUUGUUUUCAGUCGCCGCACUGUUAAUAAUAGGCGAAACAUGGCGAUCGUCUCGAAGUCAGUCCAAACAGCGAGGCGACGUUAACGAACGAAUUGAGGAGCUCUCUGCGAACGUCGCAUCACUCACAGAGCGUCUGGAGAGAAUCCAGGAAAGCUUGGGGGAUGUCGAAUCAGAACGUGCACGGAAUAAUGAGCUGGCGAGAAUCGUCGAGCGGGUGGUGGAGAUCGGGCUUCGAGGCGGAUGGGCAGAGUUUGAAGAUACGCCAUUGAAAAUUCCUAGGGUGGAGCUUGCGCCGACCACGUCGAGGGUAUCACCUUGA